GCCCGAUCUCCGGAAGGCUCGCAUCCAACUGUGUCACGGAAACUGUUUUCGUUCUCUAGAGAGAUCGCGACACGCGCACUGAAUUGAUUAACUGUGGAAUAUUCUCGGAUCUGAGGCUGGACAAUGAGAGCAACAGAUCCGUUGAACGUCCAGAAGACUGAUGUCGACUAUGCUCAGAUGAGUUUUCCGAAUAACAAGCCGAUAAAGUUCCGCGAGGUAGCCCCAAUGCAACUCAGGGAUAGAGUAUCCUUGAAACGUCUGAGAGACACAGAGAGAGCUUGUCUGGCUGAGAUGAUGACGCUCUUCACAUGUCUCGCUAAAAAGGAUUUCGAGACGUCCGGAUGCCCUAAAGAAAUCGCUGCAUUAAAUACUUGCUAUAAGGACAUUCGAGACGAAUCGAUGGCGAAAAAACAGAGAGCUCUCCAACAAGCUCCGGUCUCAUCGAUUCGUGAGCUGACAUCCCACCAAGCCAAUGCUCUCCUCAAGAAGUUCCCCCUGCGGCACCUCAUGAAAAAAGUCAGAUAAUUAGGGCGCUACUCUCAUGCGUAGAAUACCAUAAGUACAUGCCGUUAUCCGAUUGCAACAGCGGAUCGAAUGUUUGAAUUAAUGAAUGGAGUAUACAAGAAGUAUAUGCCUUUGAACAUGGUGAGGUUUUGUGUUC